CUUUGAAAAACUUGGCCCUCUGGAUUUAAGUCAAAGCUCUAUUGUCUAUGUACCAGACAUACAAAGGAAUGGAGAAGACGUUUCUCCCUAUCCAUGGUGAGAGAGAUAAAACGCACAGGCACAACUGAUAAAGGAAUUUCCUCACACUAAAGUAAGCAAUAAAUUGCACAACAGAUAAAGACAUUUCCUAAUCCUAAGAAAAGUCCCCCCCAGGGGGAGUAUGGGAGAACGGCCCUCAAUAAGGGCAUGAAAAAGCCCGCUUGCACUCAAACUUUAUUUCCGUAACAGUGUGACGUCAGACUGCAUAGUGGGCGGUGCCGGAGUGCAGAAGUCCCGCCUCUACUCAUUCAAAAUGUAUUCUUAUCAAAAUGACUUGCAGCAAGAGUACGAGGUUCCGAUCGCCAUGACGGCCGUGCUGGACUACAUCGACACCUUCGACUCACGCAUCACGGAGAUGGACCAGCAGAAGAGGGACGGGGUCUCCUGCAAGAAGGAGGACAAGUCCAGAUCCCUGGAGAACUUCCUGUCCAGGUUCCGUUGGAGACGGAGAAUCUUUAUCAUCUACCCUGAUGACGAGGAGUGGGCCUAUCAGCAGCAGCUCUACAGCCUGACCAGUCAGACCUGUAACCUGGGCCUGCGCCACAUGUCCGUUCUGAAGCUGGCCGGGAAGGAGGCGGAGCUUAGGGGCGGAACCCUGGAGCUCUAUCCAAUCAACGGCAGCUCCAGCGUCGACCGUGAGGAGCUCUCGCCGCCGCUGGUGACCGACCUCCGGAACUACUUCCAGGUGAGCGCCGAGUACUUCUCCAUGCUGCUGGUCGGGAAGGACGGGAACGUCAAGUCCUGGUACCCAUCCCCCAUGUGGUCCAUGGAGCCCGUCUACGACCUGGUCGACUCCAUGCAGCUGCGGCGCCAGGAGAUGGCCAUCCAGCAGUCGCUGGGGAUGCGUUGCCCCGACGACGACGGCCGAGAGCGAGAGCACGACGGAUACGGUCACCGUGGUUACGGUUACUAGGCGGGGAUUGUCGGUUGUGGGUGGGAUGGGGGUGUUGUAAGGAGGAUGGAUGCGGUCAUCGUGGUUACGGUUACUAGGCAUGUGUGUGUGUGUGUGUGUGUGUGUUUCUACACACAAUGUUUUGAGUUACGUGGGCUGACAACACAACACAAAACUACACUACCCAAUCAAACACGGUCGACGGUCGUAGUAGUUACGGUUACAACGCGAUUCUGGUCAUAGUGGGUGUCGUGACGCUCAGUGGGUCGGAUGGGGGCGUCACCCAAGACGAUGGAUACGGUCACCCUGGUUAGGGUCGCUAGGUGACCAUUCUGGCGUGUGUCGUGUCGGUUGAUCGGAUGAGGGGGGUCGUGACUGGACGACGGGUAAAGUCACCACGGACACAACUUGGACAAAUUCGGUUACCGCAGUUACGGUUGCUAGAUGACUGUGCUGCGUGUGUCGAUUGACCAUAUGUUUUUAUCAAUGUUUAAGGCUCAGGGUACGAUUUGUAUUUUAACUGCUUUCCAGAAUGUGGUUGUAAUGAUUUGAGUGUGUUCAUUUUUGUAUUGUUGUGUACUUAAAUAUAUUCAAACAAUAUCGUAUAGAUGUAUUUUGAUGUUGUUGGACGAUGUCAAGCUCAGGCUUAAUGUACCAUUUCUGGAAUCUGAAUUUCUGAAUAAAAACGUUUACUUUGUUUUUACAUCCAA